AUGUUUGCACAAGCAAGAAAUGUCUGGAAAGCAGUCUCUUCUCCCAUGAUGUCUGGUCAACUGCUUGGACAGUACUGCAGGACUGAUGCACCCAAGGUAGGCCAGAGGCAGCUCUCUGCUUUAUCAGCACAGGUUUCAGUGUUGUCUGGGCAGCACAACCCCAUAGACAAUGCUUCGGACAAAAAGCCACUGUUAUCUUCAACGUUGGUGACAUUUCAGAGUGUGCGUACAAAUGUUAGAGUGCAUUACAGACCCAGCGCUUGGAAGAGGUACAACAAGCACAAUAUUGAACGCAGGCUGAGAACACCGGGAGGCCUGGAAUUGUUGUGGAGGAGAAUACUCAAGGGCAGGCAUCAGUUGGCAGUUUAUGAAAGAAUUCUUCCAAAUACUGUCAAUGGGAAAAUUUUACCUAAGCACCAUUUCAAAUAUCAGAGUCAACCAAUCUGCAAGCGUCAGCUUCCAAAACCUGGAUUGUUUUGA